AUGAGCGCUGACCUGGAGCGCGUUUCGCUCAACACAUCGGUGAACUCGACCGGCUCGGGCGGCCGUGCGCUCUCGGCAAACGUCCGGCGGCUCCACAACGCUCUCAACCUGCUGCUCAGCGACCUGGAGAGAGAGCAGUUCAUCCACUGUCUCAAUGUGUACCACGCCAAGCGCAACGUCUUCGACCUGGUCCAAACUCUCAAAGUGAUUCUCAACACACCCGGCAAACGACAGCUGCUGCCCAUGCUGCGCCUGGUCAUCCCGAGGUCCGACCAGCUGCUGUUCGACCAGUACACAUCCGAGGGACUCUACCUGAAGACAGACCUGCUCCCCAGCAACGGCAGCGCGGAGGGCUUUGGGGACGAGGGCGACCCGACCCUGCAGAAAUAUGUCAGUUCCAUCCAUGAGCAGCCACUCACGCCGGGCUGCCCGGACGGUUCCUUCGCCGCCGCGGAGCUGUCAGCCUCCACGGCCCAGCCGUUCUUCGAGAGUCCAUGCGGAGAGGUGCGCCAAGUCACCCUGACGCGCUCCAGGAGCCACGAGGGUCUGGGCUUCAGCAUCCGCGGGGGGUCGGAGCACGGCGUGGGGAUAUACGUGUCCCUAGUGGAGCCGGGCUCUUCGGCCGAGAGAGAGGGACUGAGGGUCGGGGACCAGAUAGUGACCGUGAACGACUUGAUGUUUGACAGCGUCAGUCACAUCGAGGCGGUGAAGGUGCUGAAGGGAUGCAAAAAGCUGGCCAUGUCAGUGUGCUCUAUGGGUCGGAUCCCUGGAGGAUACAUCACCAACCACGUGUACAGCUGGGUGGACCCUCAGGGCCGGAGUGUCUCCCCACCGCCCGACAGCCAGGAGGCCAACCAGAGGCAAGGGCACAGCAUGGACGAGAGGACGGUUAACCUGAAUAUGGACGACGGUCGCUCUCUUGGCCUAAUGAUCAGGGGUGGUGCAGAGUAUGGACUGGGGAUCUACAUCACUGGAGUGGACCCUGGAUCUGCUGCAGAUGCUGGUGCACUAAAGGUGGGUGACCAGAUCGUGGAAGUGAACAGCCAGAGCUUCAUCACCAUCUCCCAUGAUGAGGCAGUUCACAUACUCAAAACGGGACGCCACCUGCUGAUGAAGGUGAGGGAUGUGGGUCGUCUGCCUCACGCGCGCACAGUGGUGGAUGAGACCAAAUGGAUCUGCAGUCAGGCCAUAGCUGAGACCAACGCCACGGCUAACCCAGGUUCUGUCACCGACCCCGGUGUCAAUGCUGGCAUCCACGCUGGUGUCAGUGCCAGCACCUGCACUUCAAGCUCCAUUGUGUCUGACAGCAAAGCAAUGUGUGCUCAGGUGUCUCUGGAGCAGCAGGCCUACAUGCUGUUGACCGAGCCAGAGAGGCAGACCAUGGCGUACUACCUGCAGGAGUACCAGGAGGGACACAUAGGAGUGGAGCCGCUGGCCAUGGCUCUGUUUGAGCUCUUCAACACACAUGCAAAGUUGUCCAUGUUGUCUGAGGUGAGGAGCCUGGUAGCCCCCCAGGAUCUGGAUUUUUACGACAGACUGGUGUUGCACCGGGAGAGGGAGGCCCAUCAAGCCUGGCGUGGAGGCCUUGGAGUGCUGCAUCCACAGGGUCACUGCAACCACGCAGCCUCUAUGAUCCAUAAUACGGUCCCUGCUACGACUGACGGCACUGUCGGAGGUUGGACUGAAAAAGACCAAGAGGAGAACACUAAUGCCUUACAGAACAUGGCACUGGAUGAAAUGCAGGCUUCAGGUGAAUCUCCCCCACCCUUCAGGGCUGCUCCUCUACAGGCUCAGAGCAGGCCGUCCAGGGAGAAGGACCUCAACUGGAAGCCUUCAGCGCGGCUGGUGCAGCCAGGCUCCAGUCUGCUCUUCACUGGUCCCACCCGGCUGCUCCAGGACUGCCUCCACAAGUCACUCAAAUCCCUCCCCGCCAUCCACCAGCCCUCACCAGCCUCUGCCCAUCACACUUCCCUCAAUGCGCUCCAUCACACCUGCCAGAGUUCCCUGCAGCUCUCCGACUCUGAACAGCACAACCACCCUCAUUUUGCUCAUCACUUCCACCACCAUGCCGCUCACCACAGCCGGCCCAGUUCAGGACACCACACCUGCCCAGGCUUCUUGCACCACCGGGACUCGUCCAGCUCUGCUAAACCAGAGGCGUCCGUCAAGCUCUCGUCCAGAUCCAGCUCCUAUGAGAAGUCUGCUAUCUUGUCGAAGUCUGCAGCCUCUUCCAAAGCAGCAUCUCCCAUGCCAUCCCCGCAUCCAUCACCCCGUCCGUCACCGUGCCCCUCCCCCUGCCCCUCUCUCAUCACACCUGCUGCUCCGCCCUGUAGUCCGGACCGGCCCUGCUCACCUGCUCUCACCCAGAAAGUCAUCAUAACGGACAUGAACCGGCUGUCUGCAGACUCCAGACCACAGCAAAGAGGGGCCACCCUGUCCCAGCUAUCAGACAGUGGCCAGACUCUGAGUGAGGACAGUGGUGUGGAUAUAGCUGAGGCAGGAGGCCUCAGUAAGGAUGGCAGCCCUCGACCCAGCAAGAACCAGCAGGGCCAUGUGGAACAGCCAGGGGCCCAUCAGACUGGCUCACCGGUCCCAGUGCCCAGUGCUACGCUGGUACGAGUGGUGAAAAAUGCCAACACCCUUGGCAUUGCUAUUGAAGGGGGAGCCAACACACGCCAACCUUUGCCACGCAUAGUCACCAUUCAGAAGGGAGGCUCAGCUCAUAACUGCGGCCAGCUGAAGGUGGGUCAGGUCAUCCUGGAGGUCAACGGCAUUUCCUUAAGAGGUCGGGAGCACAAGGAUGCCGCCCGGAUCAUCGCUGAGGCCUUCAAGACCAAAGAGAAGGACCACAUUGACUUCCUGGUGUUUGAGCCGGGACUCUAG